UUUUUUCGCGAGAUUCAUGUUUCGGACUUGUGCCGGUUAGACGUUUUGAAAGACGGCUUUCUGUAUGUGAAUUUCGACAUCUAUCAUAAUGAAUGCUUCGAGGCAACACAACGAUUGAGGUAUACAAUUGAAUUUUCAACAAGAUUUCAAGAUAAGAUAAACAGAUCAAUCGGAUUUCAAUAGAAUAAGGGAAAUCUAAUACUUGAAUAAAACAAGGUAUGGUAUUUUGAAAAUGUCGCUUUGAAUUGUGCCCGUUUGUAUUGUCUUGAGCUUCUGUCGUUUGUGUACUGAACAGGCGAUGAAGUAUAAUCAUUUUCAGGUAGUUCAGACAUCAACUACGCCAGUUUAUUCAAAGUAAAAAUAGCCGCCGCUUUGAGAAGGCUCAAACAUACAUCAAUUCGCUUUGUCUUACAGGAAGUUGAAGACAAUAUGUCAAUACCUUGUACACUGAUAUACAUGCUUUAGAAAUCUCAAACGUAUAGGUAGUAUUCUACAAUAAGAUUAAACGACGUUACAAACGAAGGCCCUUCGCCAUACAGACAGCUCAGUGCUUCGACCCUCGAAACACCAGAGUGUGUUUUAAUAUUUUCCGCUUGUUCAGAAACCACGGCAGCUGGAUGGGGACAAUUAAGACGCAAAAUUUGAGACGGUGUACUGUACUGUACUGGACGAACGUCUCAGUGCAUGAAAUAAUGUAUAUAAUCUACAGAGCCACCGGAAUACGAUAGAGAAAGGAAUACGAUGCGUAAAUAUUAUUCAUGCUAAAAAACAUGGGUUAGUUUUAUUUAGAAUGCGUCCCCAAACCCGAAAAGCUUAGUACAUGAUAAGUACAAUUGUUCUACGUCAACACACGAGGACAAAGAGUCGAUUUUUACACCCAGAAUCUUGCUUCAUGCUGUAGCCUGUAGACAGUCACGUCACGCGAAGAUACUCCGCAGAAAGCCGUAGGUUUUGGUCAGGAAUUCCGGUUUCCUCUGACAGAGAAAGUGUCUUGGUAUACAUCCAUAAAUUAACUUAAAUACUUUUCUUAAAUACCGGUUCGUUCGAGAGCUUCUAUAUAUUAUACACCCAAGUCGUUUAUAGAUUUUAAAACAUCUCGAAGUUAAAAAUCUCGGCUAGCCGGCGCUCCUUUUCAACGUCUCGAAUAAUUGUAAAUUUGUGUUUGUCUUCUCGUGACCUUUCGUCAAACACAAUAUGCGGUGUUGAUUCGGUGACAGAGACGGUCAAUAUACUGUGUUGUAUUAUUGAAUAUUGUAAACAAAGUUUGCUGUUUCAGUGUCAAAAUGUCCAAAAAUAUUGAGACCUUAAUAAGUUGACGUUUACAGAUGGCUAACCGCACGCAUACGACAAGUUUUGAAGACAACUGUUGGCUUGUGCGUCGUCAGGGCAAUUUGCGCAUUGAAAUUGAAGCAUGAAAUUGAAGCAUGAAAUUGAAGCAUGAAAUUGAAGCAUCUAGCUGUCACUUAUACGGAACUAUAACCUUCUAAUGAAAGUUUGCUGUUUGUGGUUUAAUAGUGGUCUGGCGUAAACGUCAACCUAAUUAUAUAGGAAGUUGAAGAAGCUUCACGUUUGCGGUAACGGCGAACGGCAUAUUUUUGCUUAUUAACUCAGUCUUCGCUUCAUCUUCUCGUUCUUAUCUCAAAAGAAUAUCAUACAUUACAAUCUUAAAGUAGCAAGUUGAUUUCCCAUUUAUUACCUCGUAGCGUAAUUUUUUUCUUCCCCUAGCCUUCACCAUUUGACGUUUGAACGCAAAGCUUAACUCCCCACUAUCUAAGACUAAGGCAACGAAUUUUGCGCUGUUCUCGGUAGUGCUGGAAUUAAUAGCUCAACACGAAAAUAUUUUACAAUUGUUAAAAACGUAUCUGCUAGAAUGAAUAUAUAGUUAACACAGAAAUAUUUUACACAUUUAAAAUACUUACACUAUGUUGAUUACACAGAAAACAGAUUAUUGAGAAUGUUUACUUUAAAUUUGUAAACUUGUGUUUAUUCUACAGUUGAUCCCCUGGAUCACAACUUAAUCGUUAUUACUUAUUAGCUUAUGAGAAACCUCACAUCCUCAUUAGCCUUGAAAAUAAUGAGUGUAAUAACGUCGCCCAUACAAGCAGACAUUUUUGUCACCUUGUGAAUACUUGCGCUCCGUCUUCGUGUCCGAAUUUUUUUCCUGGCCGUAAAAUAUCGUUUAAAUAAACUUUAUACUGCGACUGGAACCGAAUUAAGCUGAUUCAACUUUGGAAUGUCAUUUUGGAUGAAUAUCAAAGCCGUGAUAAGACCUUUGUUACACGAUUCAACCCGGUUAACCGGGUCAGCCCGGCUCCAUAUGAACAGCACCUUAACUCCACGUAAAACACUUUCUUUGUAGCAUCAAGAUGGCGAUUCCAGAAGCCGACAACUACCAUACAUGGGGGGAUGGUAAGAUGAUAGUUCUGGCUUACACCACCAUCGUAACAAUCGGAGGACUUCUGGGAAACAGUCUGGUCAUAUUUCUGUUUCUAUAUUUCAAGACAUUGCGAACUGUGACGAAUAAUUUCAUCGUCAACCUCGCAGCUUGUAACUUCGUUUUGGCCAUGUUGGAUUUAACAUUCUCUCUCCCUUCGCUGUUUGCCUCGGACUGGAUCUUCGGCGACGUCAUGGCGGUUUUAUAUGCAUUCAGUUAUUUCUUGUUGGUCAGUGUUUCCAUGGUGAUGCUAGCUGUAAUCGCCAUCGAUCGAUAUCACGUCAUUUCUCGACCCAAGCUCCGAGCGCGGAUUUCAGGACCAAAAUCACUCCUGGUUAUCCUUGUUGUAUACAUCUAUACGCUUGCGAUUGCGUCUCCGAUUCUAUAUGCGCCCACAGGCCUCGAGGUGAAAAUGUACAUCAGCGGUUGCUACGUCGACUUCACUCCGACUUCGAACUUCGGAAGCGGUUCGUACGCGGUCGUGAUAUUGUCGUUGCUCUACGUCGUUCCCCUAGUGACGAUGGUUUAUUACUAUUGUAAGAUUUUUAAGGUUUUACGAAAUCGUCGCAAGGGUUUGACGAAUGGUCGUGGAAAGCUCGUGAACGGCCACGCGAGUACACCACAGUCGCUCAAGGACAACACGCGUGUGAGGAUACGCGAGGAUAACACGCGUGUACGGCCCGCGAGUACAUACACGUUACGAAAUACGCCAGUGAAAACACUUCGCGUCAUUGCAACACUUGUGAUUUUAUUUAUCGUAACCUGGACACCAUUUCAAAUAGUGACAAUAGGCCGUGCGUUUAAUCAGAAGGAAAUAUUCACUGAUAAAAUAAAAGAGACAAUAAUUCUUCUCACGAAAUCAGUCGUAAUCCUAAACCCGGUCGCUUAUGCUUUGGUGAACCAUCGCUUUCAAAAAUGCGUCGGGAAACUAUUUUGCGGUACGCCGGCUAUCAUAGGCGCGACUACAUGUACUGAGAACUCUAUCGACUUUCACUUCUCCAGAAACGGUCGUUGUUCCUCGCAGGAAUCGCGCAGGAACUCGCGUGGAUCCACGCAAGAAUCACGCAGAUCGAGAUACCCGUCGAGGGUGUCGCGUCUUUCAUCAACCCCGGAGGUUUUUAUCUCGGAAUCAUUCACCCCCGCGAGACAGUCUACCCUACGGCAUUCGUACAGUGAUAGUCAGUUGGAAAAACACGCGUGCAUCGAGGAGUGCGCGGAGGGUACUGGGGACGAACGUAGAAGUCGCAGAAACACGGACCAUGAUAGGUUCCUCAAGCUGGGCGUUCAGGAAUCACAGCGAAAAGAGAACUGGGAAAUCUAUGUGACAUCUUUUUAAAAUUGGAUUUUUUAGGGGCUGUUUGCAUGAUCCAACUGUGCCGGGACGAGAUGCGAUAUGAUUUGAUGUAUUGAAAUAAGUCACGGUGUACGAUUCACCAAAACUACAUUCUUUUUCUAGUGUAGAUUAUAGUAUAAUUAUAAACGAAAAGUUGUUCACGCAGCAAUAAUAAUCUUCUUGAACUACAAGAUUUUUUUGACAACAUUGGAAUUUUCUUAACCGGUGUUUGUACUUUCAUUUAAGCCUAGUGAUUUAUUUUCAAUACAUCAAAAUCAUCCCGCCUUCCUUCCUGUCCCGGCAAACUGGGUUCAUGUGAAGAACCCUUUAGAGUCAGACUGUAAAUAAUUAUAAUUACUCUCGUUGUUUCAUGUUCUUUGUUUACGCAUUUGUUUAAUACUAAAUGUUUCGCAACAAGUUCAGACACUGAUUUUGUUUUUCAAGUAUGUCUUGUGUUGUUUGAAAACAAUCCUGGGUUGUCCACCUUCAGGAAACAUGGCUGAGAACAAGGUUUCUGCACCAAGGCUGUUAUGAAAAUCAAAUUUCCAAACCAAUAUGGCAAUCUUUAAAUUAAAACAUAAUCUAAUAUGCUACAAUCACACAUAAUAUAUAUUAGAGCAGUACCUUCAAUUAAGUCAGUUCAAUUAUUCAAUCAUGACGUACCAAUCAAGACGUCUUUAGUCGUAUUUAUAAAAUCCCUCUCCUGUUUUUCGUCCUAAUUUAUUUUCAGCCACAAGCUUGUUCAGUUUUUCCGAUGGUUGAAAUAGCGGUUCAUUCGGGUAUUUUUCGUGCCAGCC